AUGGUUGUUCAAGUGGCCUCUGAAACUUCAAAGUUCGAUCAAUCGCGCUUUCUCAACGAUAUUCAAAUCCUCUCAGCUGCGAUCAACGCACCAUAUUCCGAGUCCACAACCAAAAAGAUUCUCUCUGUCUUCUCUGAUUCAUUUCAUGACGGUGUUGUUCUAUGGCGUGCAACAGACCGUCUGGGUGAUGCUUUAAAUUAUCGCUUCUACUCCCGAAGACCCAUAGAUACUGUGGCCAUUGCGUCAUCCGCCGGCCUUUUGUCUCCGGAUGUUGUCAGCACCCUUGGGAAAUUGGUUACAUCCUGGAGCUCGUUGUAUGAUGGCUUACCAGAAGAAUCGUGUGAUUUCGACGCAGAGAAGGGUUUGGUAAAAGCCUGGGUAUACAUGAGAGGCAUGAGACCACUCAGUGAUAUCUUGAGUGCCAAGGGCGUGCCAGAGAGCUUGAUCCAACAUGAGGAGAGAUUCAAGGCGCUGGAGUUGGAGAAGGUUCGUCAUGUGGCGGUCGACUACCAAAAGGGAACUAUGAAUUUGUAUUUUCGGGCCCAGGGACCUAUUUCUCUACAACAAGCUACUUCUUUCAACGCAUUAGCUGGUGCAGAACCACCGAGUCAAACUCAAUUCUUUGAAAUGCAAGAAUUCCUUAAUGCAGUGGGGUAUACAUUCGCGGUCACAAUCAAGGUCGAUAGCGGAGAAAUCGAGAGGGUGGGCUAUUAUGCAUUGAAAUUGCCAGAUAGAGCGGCGAAGAAGUGGCCGGCAAUCAAUGCGCAGUUGGAAAAGUUUGUGCAAUUUGCACCUAGUUAUGAUAGGGAAGAGAUGAAUGCCGUGGCGUGGAGUUUUGGAGGGACAAAGAGGUAUGUCAAGUUCGAGAGGAGCUAUUGUGGGGAACUGGUGCCCCUGAUUAAAGGAUGGGGGACUACUUUGAGUUCAUAA